GGCGUUUCGGAAACAUUUCAAUGUGGAGGCAGCUUUCAAAAAAAACUUUACUUUUCAGACAGUCGGGCUCCGCUGUCAUGUAAACAAACAGCCAAACCAUCAUGAAAGUUCGUGUUUUUCACGUGAACGCGCAGUGAAAGAGAGUCAGUGCAGAAAUGAAUGAACAGGACCUGUGAAGAAGCCAGACUGCUGCUGCUCUCUAUCGCUUUAUCUUUUCGGCGCUUUUUUAAAAAUAAUUUUUUUUUUCGCUGUCCGGAGCUCGACGAGUUGGACCAUAUAUGAUGAAGUUGAAGCCCAACCAGACCAGGACGUACGACGGCGAAGGCUUCAAGAGACGCGCGGCGUGCGUGUGUCUGAGGAAUGAGACGGAGGACGAGGUGCUGCUGGUGAGCAGCAGUCGGCAUCCGGACCAGUGGAUCGUGCCAGGAGGGGGAAUGGAGCCGGACGAGGAGCCGUGUGGAGCCGCUGUCAGGGAGGUGUACGAGGAGGCUGGUGUGAAGGGAAAGCUUGGCAGAUUACUUGGCAUUUUUGAGCACAAUCAGGACAGAAAGCACAGGACGUAUGUUUAUACCCUCAUAGUGACGGAGACACUGGAAGACUGGGAGGACUCUGUCAACAUUGGGAGAAAAAGGAAGUGGUUCAAGGUUGAUGAAGCCAUCAGGGUGCUGCAGAGCCACAGGCCUGUCCAUGCAGAGUACCUCCACGGACUCAAAGACAUCUGCGGUCCCAUCCGCAGUCCAGCAUGCAGCCCAACCAACGGCAACACCCCGAGCUCUCCGCUGACGGACAACAGCACACCUCAUUAUGUGGUUUGUUCUACGCAGGGUUCAGAUCUGGUCAACAGAUAGGAGUCCUUCUGAGAACACUGUGUGAUGACGGACCUGUGAAGUGAGGAUUGCUUACUUCACUGAAUCAGCCUCUUCAGGUGUUCGGUAUAAACUUUGAAUUUAUUGGAAACACAUUUGAAGUGGUUCCGAAGAGUGUCAAAAACUUUUCAAAAUGUAUUUAAGAUUUUUUUUAUGUUUGUUUUUUUUUUUUUAAUCCAUCAACAGCUUAUAGUACAAUUAUUUCAGCUUUAAAUCAUUUGGCUUUAGAUGGUUUUCCUAUGUGGUGCUUAUGCAAUAUAAAGCUCUUGUUUAGUCUUACAUGUCGAGUAUUUCUCUGGCAGUGUGCACAGUGUGUUGGUGGUUUCCUGGAGGCCGCUACUGGGAAAUGUUUUCUCCUAGAGGAAGCCCGAUUCCCAAAGUGACUCAGUGCCAAGUAAUGUUCAUCUGCAAGAUGGUCAGUAAUGGAGUACCUACAAAUGUGUUAAUCUUUUAUUGUUAGAAUAAAACUAUGGACAUGUUAGGAACUGACCUCAAAAGAAAGUUGGGAUAAACUAUCUUUUAUGCAACAACAGUGUUUUGCCUGUAAUUAUCAUUUUAUAAGUGUGCAAUGUAGUCCUUAUUCAGGAGGAAGGAUUUCUAUACACCAUACUAUAAUAACAAGCAUAAAAUAACUGAUACCUGAACACAUUACAGGAUAUUGUCACAGUUAAAAUGUGGUCCUUUGCUUGUUGAAACUGACCCGUAGUCGGCCACAGAAAAGUUCAUAACUCAAAACAUGCAGGAGCUGACUCACACAGUAUGCUGGAAACGUGUUAUUACAAAAUAACCCAAAUGAAUCACAAGUGUAUGUGUCACAUGUGCAGUUUACGGAUGUCUGCAAAGAACAUUGUUUUAAGUGCCUUGAUGCCAUCGAUUCAAUCCACCACGUUUGGUUGAUAAUCUCUCUGACUGUAAAUUGUGAAAACUGCCUUAAGAGUCCCUCAUAUUAUUAUUUUAUUUUUGUGUGUGCCAUCAUUGGUGGGAUUACAGAUGUGGAAAACUUCAAGGGAAAUGUGUGUUUAUUAAGUUGAAUGUACAGUAUUUGGUGUGAUUUGAGUGAAUGUAUUUAUUUAUUUCAUUGUGAAAUACCCCACACAAUCCUAGACGGGAAGUAAUGACAGGAAAUCACGCCAUCCGUUUUUUUCCUCACAUAUCAUAAAAUAAAUAAUUUCACUUCACUGUCUGUCACGUGCAUUUUGGGAAACAUGGCUCAGAUCAUUUCAGAUAUUUUUUUUUCUUCUUCUUCUAUGUGUGCAUGUGAGACUGGGGUAUUCUGCUGUGCAUCCU